AUGCGUUACGUUGCACUUGGCUUGCUUCUAAUAUUCUUGACUCUUUACCUGCUGUGCGAAUGCGAGGAGCUGAAGAAGUUAGGCUUGAAGUCUUGGCUCAAAGAAGGCUGGACAAUGUUCCUCUUACUGCAUUUGUGCGUGCUUCUUUGCUUUCUUGCCUCUUUUGUCGCUGUUCAAAUCGUCGCGUUGCUUGCACCCAAGCUCGAGCUCACGGCAGCAGAUGAUGGGUAUUACGAGAUAUCUGGGACACCCACUGCGUCCGACGACACAGGGUUUUUCCAGCUGAUCAAUGACUACCACUCCCUGUUUCGCGCCAACUUUGCAGCGCAGCAGGCAUGCAUUUUUUUAGGUGCUCUGGCAGCAGUAACAGGAUGCAUACUAAUAACUAGAUUGGCCCCUUCCACUACAGGGAUAGGGAUAAAAUCUCUACAAAUGACGUUCCGCAAGACGAAAUUCUACAUACUGGCUUGCAGCCUAGGGUUGCUUAUUAUAGUUCUUAUUUUCGUCUCUUUUGGAGACAUUUCCUUCGGGGAUACAACGAGCAGCUUUGCCGGAUACUACGAGAGCUUGAAAACAUCAGCGGCAUUCCUGCUCGGCGGAACAAUUGGAAACUACGAUGUCUACUCUCUGACUUCAAUCAAUUCUGUCUUUUCUGGGCUAUAUUUUGUGCCUCUUUUCCUUCUCUUCUCGGUUUUCGGCUUUACAUUUCUUGUUGCAAUGGUCCUGACGAAGUACAACUGCUGCGCACAGAACACUGAACAAAACGUCACGAAGUACAAGCUCAACAAACAAGGCCUUUUCCGAACACGGUAUGAAUGGUUCAGAUAUGCGCUGAAGAAGAUGUGGAUGGGUUUUUGGAAGGAAGUCUGCAGAUGCCGAUCGAAAGAAAAGCUGGAGAUACUUGCCGAGGACGAGUUCGAAGAUGACAUCAGAGAAGCUCAAGAAUUGAAAGCUUCAGAAGAGAGAAAGAAGGGACAGCAAAAGCGAACAACGAGUGACGAACAUUAUUGCAGGCGUGCUACUAAAGAGGAGACCCGCUCUUCUGCAGAGGAAUUCUACGAAUCACCUCCCCAAUACCCUUCAUGGGUUUGGAAUGAAAUCGGGAUGAAAGAUCCGCUGAGCAUCUAUGCAACAAACUCCGGUACAGAUAAUGCUUUCUAUGUGGAUGCAGCAAGCAUGGCGGAGUAUUCAAAGACAUACGGGUACUUUAAUGGAUUUGACGUGGUCGACUAUACAACCUCAGGGGAAGGUUAUUUCACGCCUAAGCUUGCAGUCAAUACAGCGCAGAAGGCACCAGCACCCUCCAUCGCCAAAGUUUACCUGCUGGUGAGACAUCAAAUGCAAAAGGACCACCAGGAUGCUUGGAAAAAGCUUUUUGUAGUCGUCUUUCUUGUAGUCGUCAUAGCAACGAUUACCCUACAAGUGGGCGACUAUUCGUGCCGUGACAAUAAGUACUUGUUAAGGGGCAACAUAGCUUCUCAGACUUUCAACCUCUCUUUCGCUUCCUGA